AUGGAGAAAUAUACGAUCGAUGAAAACCUUGGCUUGGAUACACUUGCCGAACGCAUCAUUGUCCACCGAAAGGAUUCUGAUGAAUCUUAUAUACUAUCCAAAAUGGAAUUAAUGGAUAUGACAACAGCAGCGGUAGCGUAUCAAGAAUACUUACCGUUAAUGAAGUUAUCAACUGAAAAAGUAGCAGCAUAUGCCGAUAUAUUCACAUCGGUUGAACAUAAAAUCAGUGCAACAUACAUCAACCUGGUAUCGGAAUAUUUUCCAAUGGGAAAUCUCGACAAAUAUUUACGAAAGUUGCGACAGGACAAGAUUCCGUUGAAUAAUCAAUUAAUCGAUAAGUGGAGUGCACAAAUCUUAGAUGGAUUGAUGUAUUUAUGGAAUCAAAAAAUCAUUCACCGAAAUUUAAAACCAGAUUCGAUUUAUUUACGCGGUGAAAGCCAUGCUGAAAACUGUUCAUUGGUUGUCGGCGAUAUGAUUCCACCAUCAGUCGCAUACGAUGUUCGUAUGCGAACACGAUUACCUCGUCGUGCAUUGUCAUAUACAGCUCCGGAAAUCUUCCAAUCAGGAGAGUACACAAUUCAAUCGGAUAUCUAUUCGUAUGGUCAUGUACUUUUGGAUAUGAUUACCUGUGAUAUGUUGAAUGAUGAAGAAACGUUACAAUUAUGUAUUUGUGCACGUCAUGAUUCGAAUACGUUGUCGCAAACUUUGCAAACUCUACGCAAAACACAUAAAGUAAUCGCAGCAUUGAUCGAAAACAUGAUGCAUCCCAAUCGACAGAAACGUUUGACUGAAGUAGAUCUACGACGUGAUGAUUAUGUCAUUGAAAGUAUGCACAACAUCGAUUCUGAUCAAGUCAAAUACCCAGCUGAGCGCGAUAAAAAGUGGGCUCGUGAUGGUUUAGCAAAAAAUGAAAAACUAGAAUAUUACAUAAAUUAUUUAAAACAACAUCGUAAUGCAGAAAGUCGGAUUGAACACGCCCUCAAACUAUGCAAUCAAUCGAAAUCGAUUGAUUUAUCAGCAUUAGCCAAUAGCUUCCAAGGAGAUAUUCUUCCUGUUGUAGAACACUUUCUGUCCAACUCCAUCAUCGUCGAAGAAACACUUGAACUUCUCAAAAAGAUCAUCCACAAUGAAACAAUAAUUACCGCAGAAGUGGUAGCAUUGACGGCAAAGUUCAUACUUAUCUUUGAGAAUGAUGAGCAUUUAACCGAAAAAAUUGCUGAUGUUCUUAUCAAACUUGCAACGCAUAAUGCAAAACUUGUAAACAAUGCGCGACUCAAUUCGAAUUUAGUACAAGUAAUGACAAAACAUACAAAUCAUGGUGAUAUCAGUGCAAAGUGUUGUACACUCAUCUGGCUCAUGGCCAAAGAUUCAAUUAGUAAAGAUCUUCGUGAUAAUCAAAUCUCACUUCUAAGCACUCUGUUAAAUAUUCUACAAAAACAUCCGAAUAACGUCGAUCUCUUCACGAAAGUGUGCUUCGCAUUUUUACCAUUCAUAUUCGAAAAAUCAACAAUUGAGCAUUUAGUACAAUUCAAUUUAGUGCGUUGUUUUUCGAUUGGUCUACGAAAACACUAUAGCAAUCGUAAUGCAGUUAAAGCGGGAUUGGCGGUUUUAUCUGAGUUAUUCAAACUCGAUGAACGAUGUGUUAUGCGUUUUCUAUGCAGUCGUACGGACGAUGGAGAACUUCUCGAUUCAAUGCAAACCUUAAACAAAAUUUUCGAUCAAUUUAAAAAUCACACGGACAUUGCACGUGGAAUUAUCACUUUGUUGAAGUCAAUGUCACCUUAUGAUGAUGCAAUUGAUGAAAUGAUUUCAACUAAAAUCGAUGCAAAUCUCCUCUAUCAAAUCAAGCGUUUCCAUUCGGAUAAUGAUGACAUUGCUCGUGCAUGUGAAGAUAUAAUGAUCCGCAUUCGACAGCGACAACUACAUUCAUAA